AUGAAGACAUACCAAAAACAAUGGCCCCCAGUGCCCAGCGGCUCGAACGACCCUGGCCAAGGUAGCGGUCAGACCAGUCGUAGAGCAGGGGGUGCUAAAAAUCCCUGGGUAAAACAAGGCUGCCAACUUCACAUUGCAACUUAUAACGCUAGGUCAAUUGGAAAUGAGGAAAGGUUAACGGAACUACAGUACGAACUGGACAGAAUAAACUGGGAUAUUCUGGGAAUAUCAGAAACAAGGAGAAGAGGUGAAGAAUCCAUUAGACUAAGAUCAGGACAUAUCCUAUUCUACAAAGGAAGAGAAGAUAAUAGUUUGGGUGGUAUUAACUCCAAUAUAACAAUUAAAGUCGUUCAAAUCUAUGCCCCAACAAGUAGUCAUGAGGACGAAGAGAUCGAGGUGCUGUAUGAUGAAAUCACACAGAGCCUAACAGAAAAUAAGACAAGAUACACGCUGAUAAUAGGAGACUUCAACGCAAGAAUAGGAGAGCAGUGUAAUAGCUCACAGUAUGUUGGACAAUUUGGACUGGGGAAACGAAAUGAAAGAGGGACGAUGCUUGCAAAUUUCCUGGAAAAAGAACAACUAUACAUAAUGAAUACAUUUUUCAAAAAAAGACCUCACAAAAAAUGGACCUGGGCCAGCCCGGAUGGAAUUACAAAAAACGAAAUAGACUACGUGCUAACACCAAAUAAACAUAUCGUCCAAGAAGUUGACGUUCUUAAUUCCUUUAAUACGGGCAGCGACCACAGAUUAGUCCGGUGCAGGAUCGUAUUAAACACAAAAUUGGAAAGAGCAAAAAAAUUCAACAGCACGCAAUACCGUAUAGAUCCUGAUACAAUAAGAGACAACAAGUCAAUAUAUAGCAAAAGAUUGACAGAACGACUAACAAAGGAAACAACAUCAUCACACGAGAGCUUGGACGAAACAAACAAUAGACUGGUAAAAGAACUGAAAGAAACAACUACAAGUUUAGUAUCAUCAAAAACUAAAAGAAUAGAAAAGUUUACAACACAAACCAAACAGCUACUGGAAAGAAGGAGAGAGCUCAUUAAAGACAACAAAAGGAAUACAGUAGAUUAUGCCGAACUAAACAAAACAGCAAGGAAAAUGGCCAAGCAGGACAUACGAAAGUAUCAAGAAAAUCGAAUAGAGGAGUUGAUACAGCAAAACAGAGGUCUGAACAUCUUUAAAAAAGAAAACGCACAUAAAAAAGAAAUGAUCAAAUUGAGAGACGGACAAGGUAACAUAACAGAAGAUCGAAGAGAGAUACUCAAGGUAACAGAGAAGUUCUACACAGGUCUGUACGAGUCCAAAAUAGACAAUGAGGAUGUUAGAAAAGCAAACAGUGACCAUAAAAACAGGAUAUGUAACGUUGGCUCCGAGGAUCUACCUGAGAUUGAAGAGGAAGAAAUUGUAAAAGCUUUAAAUCAACUAAAAAACGGAAAGGCGGCAGGUGACGAUAACAUCAUACCGGAAAUGUUGAAGGAAGGUGGAAGCCUACUGAUAAGAGAGCUUAAAUCAUUAUUUAAUACAUGCCUAACCGAGGGAAGAAUACCACAGGAUUGGAACACCGCGAUAGUCAUACUGAUAUAUAAGAAAGGUGAUCCAAGCAACCUAGAAAACUAUAGACCAAUCAGCCUGCUAUCACAGAUCUACAAGCUUUUUAUGAGAAUAAUAGCAAACCGCCUUGAAUCCAAACUCGACGCAUACCAACCCUAUGAGCAGGCGGGCUUCAGAAAAGGCAUGAGCACAAUAGAACAUCUCCACACCGUAAGGACACUGAACGAAAAAGUAACGGAAUAUAACAUCCCAUUAUAG